AUGUCGAUGGGAAGCGACACCACAUGGGUAGGAAAGAAACCACUGAAGCGAGUGGGAGGCAUGUCCGAUGCCCUCUCAAUUGCCGCCGAUCUUGGAUUCUCCAUCACCCCUCCGCCUUCACAGGAAGAUAUCGAAAAUUUAUCUGCCGGUACAGGUGAAAAAGGGGAUGACUUGGUAAGGAUUUUAAGAGAAUUAACUUCUGUACAAAGAAAAAUUGCAGAUUUACAAGUGGAACUUCAGGGCCGGAAGGAGGACAAGAAUGUAGCUCAUCUGACGCACGUGAGUGAAAUGGAAAAGAAGAUCGAGACUUUGGCUCGGAUCACGACUAUACUAAAAGAUGUUAUUCAGAACAAGGAUAGGAUUAUAGCUCGCCUCCAACAACCUUAUUCAUUAGACUGCAUUCCCGUGGAAGCAGAAUAUCAGAAACAAUUUUCGGAGUUAUUAAUGAAGGCAGCAAGUGAUUAUGGUGCCUUGACAGCUUCUGUGGCUGAUUUUCAAUGGAGUCAGAACUUUAAAGAACCGCCUACAGUAUGGGGGGAAAUGCUCCGUCCAAUUCCUGUUGCUUUAGCAUCAUGCACUCGAUUCUUCGAAGCCAUGACAGCAAUGAGAGAGUCGUUUGCCAAACUUCAAACUCUGAGAAUUGGCCAUUCAUCUGAAAGAGUGCAAGGAGAUCCCAACUGUGUAACUCCUCUGCCUUGGAGGAAUGAAUCAAGCGUUGAUUAUUUAGCCAUUGGGAGCGCGAGAAGGCAAGGAAGUGAGCAGCUAGAAGGGGAUGAACCAGCUAACGAGAUUGGGGACUCGAAUCUGGUUGAUAGCACAAGUUUCAGGAGACUGUCCUGGCCUCCCUCAGUGAAGAAAAAUGGACUAUAA